GCCGUGUCCAUCGCUUGGAGCUCCCUUCGCCUUCCUUUCUGCUUCCCACUCUCGGACCGUCUGCGGCCACGCUUGGACCCCCCGCCUUUGUCGCCAUAAUGCCUAUCCAGCCAUUUUUCCUGCUGUUGCUUGGCCUAAUAGGAGUCCAAGCCAACGUAGAUCUUCGCACAGCUGCUGCCAUGGCGGCAGGUUUGUGCAAAGCCCAUCCCACCGACCUCGUGUUCAUCAUCGAUAGCAGCCGGAGUGUUCGUCCUUCGGAGUUUGAGCAAGUUAAAGUCUUCCUGGCAAAAGUCAUUGAGGGUCUGGAUGUUGGACCCAGCAGCACACGUGUGGGAGUUGUCAACUAUGCCAGCCGUGUCAAGAAUGAGGUGUCUCUUAAGACUCACCGCACCAAAGCCGGGCUGAUCAAGGCCGUGACCAAAAUUGAGCCCCUGUCCACUGGAACGAUGACCGGCCUGGCCAUCCAGUUUGCAAUGAACGUGGCCUUCAGCGAGGCUGAGGGUGCGCGUGCAAAAUCUCCUGAUGUCAGCAAGGUCGCCAUUAUUGUGACAGAUGGGCGUCCCCAGGACAAUAUAAAGGAUGUAGCUCAACGUGCGCGAGAUGCCGGCAUUGAGAUUUUUGCCAUCGGUGUGGGACGUGUGGACAUGAACACUCUGAAGCAGAUGGCCAGCGAUCCUCUGGAUGAUCAUGUGGACUAUGUGGAGAGCUACAGCGUUAUUGAGAAGCUCACCAAGAAGUUCCAGGAGGCCUUCUGUGACACAGUGUCAGACCUGUGUGCGACUGGGGAUCAUGACUGCGAGCAGGUAUGCAUCAGUACCCCAGGAUCAUACAAGUGUGCCUGCAAAGAUGGCUUUACCCUCUUGGACGAUGGUCGCAGCUGCAGUGCUUGUAGCAACUCUGCAACAGAUGUUGUUUUUCUGAUCGAUGGCUCUAAGAGUGUGCGUCCUGAGAACUUUGAGCUAGUCAAGAAGUGGAUCAACCAGAUCAUCGACAAACUGGAUGUCAGUGAAAGCAAGGCUCACGUAGGACUGGUGCAGUAUUCCAGUGCAGUCAAAGAGGAGUUUCCCCUGGGCCGCUACAACAACAAGAAGGACCUCAAAGAAGCUGUGAAGAAGAUGGCCUACAUGGAGAGGGGAACCAUGACAGGCCAGGCUCUCCGUUAUCUGAUAGACAGCAGCUUCAAACCUGGUCAGGGUUCCCGGCCUGGAGUCGCAAAGGUGGGCAUAGUCUUCACCGAUGGACGUAGCCAGGACUACAUCGGAGAUGCUGCCAAGAAGGCCAAGGAAAACGGCUUUAAGAUGUAUGCUGUCGGAGUGGGCAAUGCCGUCGAGGAUGAGCUGAAAGAGAUUGCCUCUGAGCCGACUGGAGAGCACUACUUCUACACCGCCGAUUUUAAGGCUAUGACCCAGAUAGCCAAGAAGCUACAGAUUAACAUCUGUCCAGAUGAAGACCCUUGCGAAUGCGAUUCCCUUGUAAAGUUCCAAAAGAAAGUUGAAGUUGCCCUACAGGCACUAACAAAAAAGCUAGAGAGUAUGUCGAAGAGGAUCGCCUUGUUGGAGAACAAAAUCGUCUAAGGACUCACAUCCCUAACAAACACACACACAAAAAUUUUACUUCCUGUAAAAUAUUGAAGACAAGCCCGUGUGUGUGUGUGUGUAUGUAUGUGUGUGUAUGCGUGUGUGUGUGUGUGUGUGUGUGUGUGAGAGAGAAUCUGGACCUCAGCUCUCCUACCCCUCAAAACCACCUCUUGUUUUUCUGCGCUUCUGCUCUUACCUCUUCUACCCUUGGGACACAAAGCGCCAGUUACCACAUAAACAUGCCUUUGUGUGUGCGUGUGUGUGUAUGUGUGGGCCCGAAGGUCAUCCUCCAAAGCCAGGCUGUGUGUUUGCUAAUAAAAAGUCUUCCCUCAUAGGGAAACGGUGAUGGUAUGCCGAAGGGUUUUUCUUUGUUGCUGCCACAGCGCUGAAGUUCCUGAAACCCCAGAGAGUCUGUGUCUUGUCAUGUUACACUGAGCAGCACAUCACCUUCACUUGUUCGUCUUGUUUAUAUGUCACUGUCAUCUUUCCCUAUUUCUUCCUCUUCAGUUUUUGUUUCUCCUGUCAUCCCCACAAAAGUUA